AGCGUUUGUUAUUCAUGUCUCGCAGACAGGAGUUCCUCACUUAUGAAGGCUUCCGACUGGACGGCCGUCGACCGAAUGAGCUACGCCACCUCACGUUAAAGAUCGGUGAUGCUCCCAGCGCUGACGGCAGUGCUACUUACAACAGGGUCUCACCAAAGUUGUAGCUCACGUAUUCGGACCCCGUCCUCUGCAAGCUGCUUCAGUCGGUCGCGCAGCAGGAACUAUGGCUCGACAAGGAGAGGCUAUUGUCAAUGUUGUAUAUCGUACCUCUUCUUUUGCUACUAUCGACCGAAAGCGUCGAACCACAGGCGAUCGUAACAGCACGGAGAGACAGUUGUGGCUCCAACGUAUCAUACAGGAUGCAGUCCUAACUGAAAUGUUCCCCAAAUCCUGUAUAGAUGUUCAUUUGACUAUCCUACAGGAGGACGGUUCGGCACUUGCCGCUUGCGUCAAUGCUGCAGCGGCGGCCUUGGUAGAUGCUGGUAUUCCUAUAAAGGACAUGUUCUCUGCUUGUACUGUGGGGCUGGUGAAUAAUCAGAAGCCAAUCGUCGAUCUUAACCAUGCGGAGUCUGAGGGCUGCGGCGGCGCGGUUGUAACGGUUGCGGUGUAUCAACGUCGGAAGGAGUUGAAUUACCUCUGCCUUGAAGGGAAGAUAAAUAUCGAAUCAUUCGAGAGCGCGGCGAAUCUCGCGAUUGAGGGAGCUGUCACUGCUGUGAGAGCAAUGAGGACAUUUAUACAGGAAGAUGGUCUUGAGAAGUGUUCUAAGCUGGAGAGCUUAUCGACUUCUCGCGAGAGUCAUUAACGUUUCCUAUUCGUA